UGAGGGGAAGAGGCGGGGGCGUGUCUCACGGUCCAAGGGUCCCAUUUGGGGGGGCGUGUCCGGGCUGGCCGCCAGGGGGGUGUAACGGUCACUUAGCCUCAGAGGUGAAGUCCGCUCAGCUGCCGGCCCCCGCUGCCUCGCUCGUCCUCGGCGCCGCCAUGGCGGGGGGUCUAGAUUCGCUGGAGAAAUGCCUGGAGCGGCACCUCCCCCCCGAGGAGCUCGGCGAAGUGAAGCGGAUCCUCUACGGGAACCUGAGCAGAACACUUGCCUUGCCGGCUGCGGCGCUGUCGGCCGCGAGCCAGAGGGCGUUUGAGCUGCAGGGCUGUGGAUUUGGCGCUGCGCCCGAGCAGCUGAGGCAGCCCCGUGUUGUUCGCGUGGGGCUGGUUCAGAAUCAAAUCCCCCUGCCCACAGACACGCCCGUGGCGGAACAGGUGGCUGCACUGCACAGGCGAAUAGAGGAGAUUGUGGAGGUUGCUGCAAUGUGUGGGGUCAAUGUGAUCUGCUUUCAAGAGGCUUGGACUAUGCCCUUUGCAUUCUGUACAAGAGAGAAGCUUCCAUGGACUGAAUUUGCUGAGUCAGCAGAGGAUGGUCUGACAACAAGGUUCUGCCAGAAGCUGGCAAAGAAGCACAAUAUGGUUGUGGUGUCUCCAAUUCUGGAGAGAGAUGAUGUACAUGGAGGAACUUUGUGGAACACUGCAGUGGUGAUUUCAAACUCUGGAUCUGUCCUUGGGAAGAGCAGGAAAAAUCACAUUCCAAGGAUUGGAGAUUUCAAUGAGUCUACUUACUAUAUGGAGGGCAACACAGGGCACCCUGUGUUCCAGACUCAAUUUGGAAGGAUUGCUGUGAAUAUCUGUUUUGGGCGCCAUCACCCCCUGAACUGGCUCAUGUACAGUCUAAAUGGAGCAGAGAUUAUCUUUAACCCUUCAGCUACUACUGGAGAACUCAGCGAGUCACUGUGGCCAAUUGAAGCAAGAAAUGCAGCUAUUGCUAACCACUGUUUUACAUGUGCCAUAAACCGAGUUGGAACGGAAUACUACGUGAAUGCAUUUACAUCUGGAGAUGGUGGGAAAGCCCACCAUGACUUGGGAUAUUUUUAUGGCUCGAGUUAUGUGGCUGCGCCAGAUGGUAGUCGGACACCUGGACUUUCUCGCACACAGGAUGGGCUUUUGGUGACUGAGGUGGAUCUAAACCUUUGCAGGCAAGUCAGUGACAAAUGGAGUUUUAAGAUGACUGGUAGAUACAAGAUGUAUGCAGAGGAACUCAUGAAGGCUGUCCAACUUAACUUUGCACCCAAUAUUAUUAAAGAGUAGCUGUGACGGUGUCCUCUGGUAGGAGAGCUCUUACACCAAGGUGAUAGCAUCUCCUCCUUUACAAAACAAAAGUGAUCUAUGUAUGUUAGUCUGCAAAAGUCUCCAUCUUCUAUUAUCUUACAGUUGGUACUGCAACUGAAACUUGGCAAGUGCAGGUACAGUCACUGCCAGUCAAAACUUACUAUACAUUUUUAUAAAGCACUUACUGCAAAGCGAUGAGCAAAUGAUAGCGGGCUGGGUGAGGAACUCACCUGGUCAGAUUUAGCUUAAAUUCUGAAAUGUGCAUUAUACUGUAUGAGUGUUGGUGAUAUAGCAUAUACAAAACCAAUCUGGCCCUGAGGAAAUGCUAGUGCACUUUCCCUACAUGCUUUGUUUCAGUGGGAUAAAAAUGUCAACACUUAAAAGCUUUGUCUGAGACUUUCUGACACCUGUCUCCUUUUCUUUGUAUGCCAAAUCAGUCCUAUCAGAAGAGUAUCAGGAAUACAAGCAUUGACUCUUGGUACUUCCCAAAAGGAAGCGCUAGAUAAGGAACUGACUGUAUUUCCCCUCACUUCACAUGAUAACUUUACAUUGUUAUAAGUGGCUGAACGCCCGUGCUGUCACACAGGUGUAAUUUGUUAAGUCAUGUUUAUGAAAAAGCCCAAAAUGGCUCUAAACAAAAACUACCAUCUGCUAUUCUUGUAGCUGUUUCCAUUGCUUCAUAUUGCUGCAGACGGGGGGAGGAAUAGCUCAGUGGUUUGAGCAUUGGCCAGCUAAACCCAGGGUUGUGAGUUCAAUCCUUGAGGGGGCCAUUUAGGGAACUGGGGUAAAAAUCUGUCUGGGGAUUGGUCCUGCUUUGAGUAGGGGGUUGGACUAGAUGACCUUCCGAGGUCCCUUCCAGUCCUAGAAUUUAUGAAUCUAUGAUUCUAAGCUUCAGAGUGGUGUUUGGGGUUAGUGGUGUGUGCUGGUUGUGUCUAUUUGUGUGGGUUAUGUUGUGCUAGGAGAUUUAUGUUGAUUUUUGUGGCUGUGGCAAUUGGGCCAGGUAAUCCAGCAUCUGUGCAGUUUCCCUAGUACAACCAAUGAAAUUAUUGCAUGCAAAUUAGCUGUAGAGUAAGGUGGUUGUGUUACCUCUGAUAUUACAAUGGUCUAGAACCCUCGGCAUAGCAUAGAGAUGCAUGCCUUACUAUAGCUGUACACCACCCAGGUGUAAUACGUAAGGUCAAAAUGGCUGAGAACUUAAAAAUUGGAUGGUAGUAGGCCAUGAAACUCAGUGAUGAUGGAACCUGGUGAUAUUGUAAACAGAGCUUUCAAGCCAUGCUUGGACCUGUUUCCAUUGCUUCACACUGACUCAACAGACAUUUUAGGCUUCAGAGUGCCAUUCCUAGAAUCUUACUAUAUGGAUGCUGCCACACUACGUAUUUCAGCUUGUGGACAUUGUACCUCUUAGGUUAUUUAUCUUGCUGGGGAGGUAAUGACCUUAGCAUUGCUGUUCCACCAUCUGACUCCUUAGAGCCAGGGUACCCAACAUAUGGCCCAUAAUCCUACACAGCCCACCAGAGCAUUCAUAAGGCUGCAGCGGGGCUCAGACUAUCAGCCCCAGGUGGCGGGACUCCUGCUGUCGGCUGAAAUCUUAUUAAGAUAUGUAGAAUCUGUUUGGCCCACACAAGUGUGCUUAGGUUUAUGUGGUCUUCUAGGAUAAUAAGGUUGGGCACCAUUGCCUCAAGAGAAUUGGUGUAUCUAAAUUGGUGGUUUAAAAAAAUGAACUGCAUGUCCUAUGUAUUAGUUUUACACGGGAAAAUACGGAAGGAAAAGGUCUGGCAAAAAACAGAGUGGUUGAAGUUAGGAUCUUAUGUCGGUGCCCAAAUAAGGAUUUAGGAGCCUAAUUUUUGGCAACCAUAUUUUAAAAGUCUUGGCCUCUGUCCUGUAAAAAAAGAUUUAAAAUGAAAUGUGUAUGGUUUGGCUUGACUUAGUAAAGAUAAAAGGAGCCUGGGGGCUAUUCAAAGGUUUUUCAAGGAUAAGUAAUUUAUUUAAAGUGAGCCAAGGGUCUAAAAGUAUAAAGGAUGGAAUAAAAAUAAGAAAAAGAUUUGUUUGUAGAAUUCCCAAUAAAAAAAUUUAGUGGUAGAAUUUUCUUAAGAGAAUUGGUGGAAGUUCCCUUGUUUGGGACACUUAUGACAAGUGAUCAGUAAACAGAGUGUGAGAAAGUAAUCCUACAACGGCAAGGGAUAGCACUGGGUACUUUUGUAGACCUUUUCCAGUGCUAAAACCAAACUUGUCUGUAAUACCAGAGUAACUCCAUUGAAAUCAAAGGCAUUAUUCUCUUUUAUACUAAUAAAUUUUAGUUCAGAAUCUAGCUCUUAAUAUCCAAUUUGUAUCUUAACCAUCUUAAUGCUCUACAAUUUAAAAAAUCUCAGUCAAGCAGGAUUAAAUGCUACACAUUCUAUUAGGGCUUUAAUCUAAACUCCAUGAAGCUAUUAUGAAUGUUGCUUUCUAGAGCAUUGAUUAGUUUGGCCGUGAAGGACAGACAGCUUUGUAGCGAGACAUCUUUUUAAAUUACUGCCAAGCCAAAAAGAACUCUAACAGUGUUCAGUACUUUGUAAUGGAAUGUAUUACUAUUGCAGACUUUCAUAGCACUUCAGGAUUUUGUCGUCUUAUGUUCCUGUAGCCAGUUUUUAAAUACAGGAAACUAAAGCUUCUAAGCAGGGCCCCAAAUUACAUGAACAAAAAAAAGUAAGAAGGCUGCCUAGGAAGUUUUUUCUGUAGUAUAGGUGAGUAGCUUCCAACCUUCAGUCCAGUGACUGUUCCACUGGAAAUACAACCAUUGCAUAAUCCAUGAGUAUAACAAAUGAUAGUGGAAUUCAUUCAUAUCACAUGCAGGAACAGACCAUGUGAUGUGAGUGGGGAAAAAGGGGGAUCAGUAGUGAGAAAGAAAUGUAAUAUUUUUAAGCUUUGUUCAUAACAUGCAUUGGAUCUGUCUGCUCACUUUUACUUUUUCCUGUCUCUCCCCGUGUCACACCCACAGUAAGCACUUAAUCCAAGCAGCACAAGAAAGCAGGGAACCCCAGCUCUGUGGCAAAACAAACUGCCUGAAAUGCUUGUAAGCAGCAGGACUGGUUCUCUCUCUGCAGGGGGGUAUUUCUGCCUAUCUUCUGUUAUCUCUCUCUAUACCACCACCUCCAGGUUGAGAUUUGGCCAUAUUUAUUUUUUAUACAAAUUAACUGUAGAGUCUGGGAUUUCAUUGCUUUCCUUCUAUUGUUUUGUAUUAUAAAGCAUUUAAUACAGCCCACCUAGAACCGGAUAGUGGCCCCCAAACAGGACGUGACCUAUUAGUUGGGAAUCAUUGGUGCAGAUAAGGCUUCUGUGUAUUGAUCCCAUUAAAAGUAUGUAAACACUAACAAAGGAAACUAUUGCAAGGAUGAUAACAUGUUAUGGUUUAUCACAUAGUUUGACCUUGCAGCAGUUUAGCACAUAUACCAACCCCAUACCGUACCACCAUAGUUCAACAAAUGCCUUUGGGUACUCCUGUAGUACCCAGUAAUGGUGCUAGAGGCACAGAGCCUUUUAAGGAACCUCCAAAAGCCCAGCAUGGCAUUGUGAGAUGGAAUUAGAAGAAAUUGGUGUAGAUUGCACCAGUGCAGAGCUGAAGAUCUCAACCAAAGAGUUGCACUCAGCUAGGAUACUCACUGGUUGUGUGAUGCCUAAGACAACUGUAGUGUGUGGAUAGCAAUGGUACAUGGAAUGCUUUGAGCUUGGAAUAUAACCAGUUUUGCUUCCCUUUUUGUUUGCCUAGUAUAGUCUGAUGUAGUGAUGUGUGUGGGAAAAGUGAAAGGAAUAUGAACCUAAAUCCUAAUGACCGCAUACCCACAGCUGAAGUAAAUAUUUGUCUCUUAAGAGUUUCAAAAUGGCAGUUUCAGCUAAUUGUAUCAUUUCUAGUUUAAUACAUACUUCUUUUAAAGAUCUUGACACAUUUUUGCAUAAUAAACUGGUUGACAAAUACAGCUGCUACACUGUGCUAUGGGGUUCACUUAAAACCUUUAUUGAGAAUGGCUCAAUUACAGACAAAAUAUAUUUAUGUAUAAAAUUUCUCUGCAUGUAAAAUAUCCCUUUCUUUGCUGUGGACGAUAUGAAUAAAACAAGAUAUUACACA